GUGUUCUGUGUGAUUUUGUGUUGAAUUUUUUGCUAUAUAAGUGCCUGGUUUGGGUUUUCAAUGCCUAGAACUCAUUCACAAAAUUGUGCUAUCUACUAUCUACAUUGCUAUUUGGUGUGAUUUUGCAAGGUUUUCUCGAUGGCUUUCUUGGCUGCUGUGGGCAGUGUUGCAUCGCUCUGUCCUCCAAAUCACCUUCCCGAUUCCUUCUCUGAAGCAAAUCUAAGGUGAAGAUUGCCAGGUACAGCAGCUUGAUCUUCUUCCAGAUUUUGCACCCUAGCACACAUGAUCUAUAUUUAGCUCUAGCCUGGGUUUGGCGACAAGAAAGGCUGGGUCUUUGUGAGUAGCGAUUGGAAUCGGAUCCAUCCAGGUCUAUAUUUCUUGCUUUCGAUUCACCGCCUGCCUGAGAAGAAGCACGCGGUCACAGUCACGCCGCAGCCUCGUCGCUGGACAUCCGUCGUUCCCGCUCGCCCUCCACGGUGAGUCCAUUGUGAUUGAUUCGUUGAUUCACUCUGUCUCUAUGUUUGCUUUCUAUAUUUUCAUCAUUAUCUCAUUCAUAUUAUGUGUGCUUCCAUUUCACGUAAUCGCUUCUAUUCUCAGACAAUUCUCUUCCGCCGCCAAAGAGGUUUUGCUGCGAGAGGCUCUCAACUCCGCACUUGAUGAGGAAAUGUCAGCAGAUCCUAAAGUCUUUUUGAUGGGUGAAGAGCUUGGGGAAUAUCAAGGUGCAUACAAGAUAACCAAGGGUCUGUUGGAGAAGUAUGGCCUUGAGAGGGUUCUUGAUACUCCAAUCACUGGGGCUGGGUUUACUAGGAUUGGAGUUGGCGCUGCUUACUAUGGUCUAAGACCUGUUGUGGAGUUUAUGACAUUUAACUUCUCCAUGCAGGUUAGAGUUGAUCUUGAUUGCUUUCUUUCUUCCUUAAACUGAAUAUGCAGUUAUGUGGUUUAAUUUACUUCUUUAACCACUGCUCAAGUAAUGUUUAAUUUCCUUUGGUAGUGUCUCUUCC